AUGACAUUCAUCAAGAGUGAUGUUGAAGAGUGUGAAGAGAUCGGAAAUCAUUUCAAUAUUGAAGUUGUUCCUCAGGUUAAAGUGUUCCGCAGAACAGCUACAGAAUUACACGAAAUUAAGACAUACAUAGGCCACGAUUCCAUUAAAGUUAAAGAAUUACUCCAAACAAUCACAGAAUGA